AUGUCGUCACAAGUUAUUAUCACUUUAGAUUUAUCGGCAAAUUCAUCACUUCUCAGCUAUAAAUUUCACUCAACCUCUCAUUCAACGGUUAAAUGGUUUAAUAAUCGAUUAACAUUACACAGUGUUUACAUUCCGAUAGAAUUUAGCAAUGAUAGAGAGUAUGUGAAGAGAAACAUUGAAGCCUAUCCCGAUACCUUUGAAUAUGCCUCUAUUGAAAUACGUUCCGAUAAACAGUUCAUCACAGAUGUUAUUGUGAAGAAUGAUGAUUGUUUCGAUGCCUUAAAUCACAUGUCUAUGGAGUUGAAAACAGAUUGGGAUUUUAUAUUGAAAAUAAUAGAGGAGAAUUCUAAUUUACUUGACUAUGCCAAUUACUGCGAUAUUCCUUUUAUUUAUAUGCCUUAUGAGAGUUGGAAGGAAUCUCAAGAAUACGAUGAUGAAUAUUGCAAUGACAAUAAUGGUGUAAUAGUUUAUGAGGAAAAGGCAAUUGAAGGAAAUUAUUCAAAUAAUACAUUAGUGAAUGAUGAGCUGAAAACAGACAUUGAUGCAUGCAUAACUUGUUUGAGGGAGGAAAUACAUGGAUUUCAUACUGUUUUUCAAUUGUCAAAAAACAGAGAAAAUAAGGAGCUUAUUGAGAGAGCUGUCAAAGAAGUGUCAGAAAUUGCCUUUUUCUAUGCCGAUGAACAGUUGAAGAAUGAAAAGGAGUUUAUAUUACACUUAAUCCAUACUAAUCCUCAUGUGCUGCUUUUUACUGGAAAAGAAUUUAGAAGAGACAAGCAGAUUGUCAUGGAGGCAGUCAAGAUAGAUAUUGAAACUUUGAAUUAUGUUUCUGGAAAAUUAUUGAAGGAUGAAGAGUUUCUGAAUCAGGCGAAAUCUAUUGGAAACUACAAUUACCAAAAAAAUUAUCUGGAUAUAGUGGUUGACUAUGCAAGGCAUAAUUGUUGUGCCCUUAACGAACUUCCUCAUACAUUGAGAAAAAACAAAGACCUCAUGCUAAAGGUUAUGGCAGUUUGUUCAUCAUCCUCUUCAAUGAAAUUUGUUGAUGAAUCAUUAAUCAAUGAUAAGGAUUUUAUAUUGGGAUGUAUUGAGUGCAUGUCACCAUCAGCUCUCGAAACUCUAGAUAUCUAUUUACCUCAUGGUAUGAUACAAGAUCCACCCAUUGCUACCUCUCUGGUCGUUCAUUCUCCUCGAUGCUAUCGUCUAUUGAGCAACUUACCAUUCAUAUCAAAUGAUAGGGAACUUAUUUUGAAGAUGAUCAAGAAAGACGCUUCACAAUAUCCCUUCCUUUUGGAAGAAUUCAAAAAUGAUAAGGAAAUUACGAGAGAAGCAGUUAAACAAUCCAGUUCUAAUUUGGCAUUAUCAUCUGAUACACUGAAAAUGGAUAAGGAAUUUAUAUUGGAAUGUAUUUUAUUGGAUCCUGAAUCCAUAAAAUGCACUAAUCUACAAUACGACCAAAAUUUCAUUCUUCAGGCUGUUAAAUGGAACGGACUUGUUUUGAAGUAUUGCAUCAGCAAUUUUGGAAUGGUUUCUAAUGAAAUUGAAAUUGAAGCUGUGAAGCAAAAUGGAUUCUUCUUACCUGAUAGUCAAAUAAUUGCACAACUUGUUCCAUUAAGGAUGGAAUAUGAAUACCAAAAUUUGUACAUGUAA